GCCCUCCCUGCUCCCUCGCACCCUUGGCAGAGACUUCAGACUACUGAGAAGCUCAGCUAGAGGCCUGGAGACCCCAGUCCAGCAGCAGGAGAAGUCCUUUCCUGGUAGAAACCUGUUCGUACUCAGGAACGAUGACCCAGAAGACCACCCUGGUACUCCUUGCUCUGGCUGUCAUCACAAUCUUUGCCUUAGUUUGUGUCUUGCUAGCUGGCAGGAGUGGAGAUGGGGGUGGACCUAACCAACCUCCCCACUGUCCCUCUGUAUCUCCCAGUGCCCAGCCUCGGACACACCCUGGUCAGAGCCACCUGUUCGCAGACCUGAGCCCUGAAGAGCUGACAGCUGUGAUGAGCUUUCUGACCCGGCAGCUGGGCCCAGGGCUGGUGGAUGCAGCCCAGGCUCGGCCCUCAGACAACUGCGUUUUCUCAGUAGAGCUGCAACUGCCCCCUAAGGCUGUAGCCCUGGCCCACUUGGACAGAGGGGGCCCCCCACCUGCCCGGGAAGCACUGGCCAUCGUCUUCUUUGGUGCACAAUCUCAGCCCAAUGUGAGUGAGCUGGUGGUGGGGCCUCUGCCUCACCCUUCCUACAUGCGGGAUGUGACUGUGGAGCGGCAUGGUGGCCCCCUGCCCUAUUACCGCCGUCCUGUACUGGCCAGAGAGUAUCUGGAUAUCGACCAGAUGAUCUUCCACAGAGAGCUGCCCCAAGCCACUGGGCUCCUCCAUCACUGUUGCUUCUACCAACACCAGAGACACAACCUAGUGACAAUGACCGCAGCCCCACGUGGCCUGCAAUCAGGGGACCGGGCUACCUGGUUUGGCCUCUAUUACAACCUCUUGGGGGCUGGGUUUUACCUGCACCCUAUUGGACUGGAACUGUUGGUAGACCACAAGGCCCUGGACCCUGCCCAGUGGACCAUCCAGAAGGUAUUCUAUCAAGGUCGCUACUAUGAGAGUCUGGCCCAGCUGGAGGACCAGUUUGAAGCUGGCCUGGUGAAUGUGGUACUGCUUCCAAAUAAUGGCACAGGUGGGUCCUGGUCCCUGAAGUCCUCAGUGCCACCAGGUCCGGCUCCCCCUCUGCAGUUCCAUCCCCAGGGCCCCCGCUUCAGUGUCCAGGGUACUCAAGUGGCCUCCUCAUUGUGGACCUUCUCUUUUGGCCUUGGAGCUUUCAGUGGCCCAAGGAUCUUUGAUAUCCGCUUUCAGGGGGAAAGAAUGGCCUAUGAAAUCAGCGUCCAGGAAGCCAUAGCCCUGUAUGGUGGCAAUUCCCCAGCAGCAAUGCUGACCUGCUAUAUGGAUGGUAACUUUGGCAUUGGCAAAUACUCUACGCCCCUGACCCGUGGAGUCGACUGCCCCUACCUGGCCACCUAUGUAGACUGGCACUUCCUUCAGGAGUCCCAGACCCCCAAGACACUACGUGAUGCCUUUUGUGUGUUUGAACAGAACCAAGGCCUCCCCCUGAGGCGACACCACUCAGAUUUCUCCUCUCACUAUUUUGGGGGCCUUGCAGAGACAGUGUUGGUGGUCAGAUCUGUGUCCACCUUGCUCAACUACGACUAUGUGUGGGACAUGGUCUUCCACUCCAAUGGGGCCAUAGAAGUCAAAUUCCAUGCCACAGGCUAUAUCAGCUCAGCCUUCUACUUUGGUGCCAGCAAACGGUUUGGGAACCGAGUUGCACAGCACACAUUGGGCACAGUGCACACCCACAGUGCCCACUUCAAAGUGGACCUGGAUGUGGCAGGAUUGAAGAACUGGGCCUGGGCAGAAGACAUGACCUUUGUACCCUCAUCUGUGCCAUGGCACCCUGAGCACCAGAUACAGAGGCUGCAGGUGACACAGAAGCUGUUGGAAACAGAAGACCAGGCAGCCUUCCCCCUGGGAGGUGCAACCCCACGCUAUGUGUACCUGGCCAGCAACCACAGCAACAAGUGGGGUCAUGGGCGGGCCUACCGCAUCCAGACACUCAGCUUUGCUGGGGAUCCGCUGCCUCGGAGCAGCUCCAUAGAAAGAGCCUUCAGCUGGGGAAGGUACCACUUAGCUGUGACCCAGCGGAAAGAAGAGGAGCCCAGUAGCUCUAGCAUCUUCAAUCAGAAUGACCCGUGGACCCCUACUGUGGAUUUUGCUGAUUUCAUCAACAAUGAGACCAUUGCUGGAGAGGACUUGGUGGCCUGGGUGACAGCUGGUUUUCUGCACAUCCCACAUGCAGAAGACAUUCCCAACACAGUGACCGUGGGGAAUGGAGUGGGCUUCUUCCUUCGGCCCUACAACUUUUUUGAUGAAGACCCCUCUUUCUACUCUGCUGAUUCCAUCUACUUCCUGAAGGACCAGGAUGCUGGGACCUGUGAGGUCAACCCCCUGGCUUGCCUGUCCCAGACUGCUACUUGUGCCCCUAACCUCCCUGCCUUCUCCCAUGCGGGCUUUGCUCACAACUAAGUGGUCCUGGAUGGACAGUCUAGCCAAGGGACCCAGGGUCAGGGUGGGAGGCAUGCAACAAACAACAGCUGUAUGGGGCAGAAUGAUUUCCUCUUCUCCUUCCCCACAUCCUUGAUGUCCUCUCGUCCUCUCUGUUCUGCUCCCCUCCCUUGCCUCUCACUCCCCGCCUAGAGCAUCCUGAGCCAGUGAUACCUGAUAUUCAGGAACAAGGGCUUUGUUGAUCCCAGUUCUACUGAGUUCCUGCCUCUGGGAGAAGAAUGGCUUGGCUAGGAGCCUGGAGUGAUGGGUAUAUAUCUUUUCCAGAUGGUUCUUUUUUUUUUUUUUUUCGGCUUUCCUAAAAAUUGUUAAAUCAGCUUUGAAGACCCUGCAAUGGUGAUUAUUCUCUGGAGACCCCAAGGUAGGCUCCCUUGAGUCCCACAUAUCCAUGGAUGAGCUAGAAGAGACUUCUGCCAACAUUCCUUUUCUCACAAGUCCCUUCUUUCCUUUCUCUGUCUUGCCUCCUCCUGAGGUCCCUGCCUGCUCUGUAUCAAAGUUGAAAUGAGACACCUCACUGUAGAGGACUAUGCUUGUCUGUCAUGUAAUAUCUGUCAAUAUCAGGAGUCGGAGUCUGUUGUGGGGCAGAGUGUGCUUCUUUGCCCAUUUUAUUGCUUGCUCUCUAUAAGAAGAUGGUCACAGAGACAGUAGCACCUCUAUCUAGUGCUGCAAGUGGUUUGAGGGUGCUGUGACCAUAGAGAAUGGUCAUUUUAUUCCAGGGCCAUGUGUGACGGUGGGUUCAGUGCUCUGCAGCUGCCUGUUUGGGACACUAGGAACCAUGUAUGAGGAACAAAGGUGGGAAGCAAGCAGCCUUGGGCCCUCUAUGCCCCAGUGAAGGCUGUCCAAUUAUAAGCAGCCAUGCAAAUGAGCCUGUAUGAUGGGGAGGGGCCUGGCCCCGUGGGACCAGCUCUAGGCUUCCCUUACUACUUGUCUCUCCUGGGGUCUGCACUGGGGAUGGUUCAAAGAAAUAUUCUUUCCUAGAGAAUUGGCUGACCCAAUGCUGAUAUAGCCUUACUAUCCAAUCUCUAAAGUUGAAAACCAUUUAUAUGUCAUUCCAUACUAAUAGGGGGUGACCUUCAAGUGAAAAAGGUCAAAAUGUAUAUAUUUCACGCCUCAUUUGUGUUUUUAAAAGGAGGAGAAUAUAGGGAGAUGUUUUGGUACACAACUGUGACCAUAGCACUCAGGAGUUAGAGACAAGAGGAUCAGAGUUUGAGGUCUGACUGAACUACAUAGUGAGACCCUCUCUCAAACCAAGGCCUGAGCUGGGCAUGGUGGUGCAUGCCUUUA